GUGGGCGUGUCCCCGCCGUGAGGGGGCCGGCGGCGGCGGAGGGCGGGCGGCCGUGGAGCGGCACCGGCCCGGCCAGGCCGGCAGCGAAGCCGUUCUCUGCAGUGGCUGGUAGGGAGCCACCGGACCAGCGCAGGCACCUCGCUCCGUCCCUGGGCAGCAGCUGCCUGCUCGGCGCCAGGGCAGCGGGAGGACUUUCGGUUCGACCCAGCACCGCUCCCGCCCGCGCAGAGGACCCGGCUCUGGACGCCAGUCAGUAAUGAUGAAUGGUUCCGACCUCGCCAGUACGACGGCGUCCAGUCCCAAAUCCAAAGAGGACCAAGUAGUGAAUGGCCACGAUGAAAAGGAAAACAACCCCUUUGCAGAGUACAUGUGGAUGGAGAACGAAGAGGACUUCAACAGACAGGUGGAGGAGGAGCUGCAGGAGCAGGAGUUUCUCGACCGCUGCUUCCAGGAGAUGCUGGAGGAAGAAGACCAGGACUGGUUCAUUCCAUCGCGGGACCUGCCCCAGGGCAUGGGGCAGCUGCAGCAGCAGCUGAACGGGCUCUCGGUGGGCGACGGCCACAGUUCAGAGGACAUCCUGAGCAAAAGCAACUUGAAUCCAGAUGCCAAGGAGUUUGUGCCCGGCGUGAAGUACUGAGCAUCAAGGCAGGCUUUGGAAAGACUGUCCCUGCUCCAGGGGAAGGUGCCGGGGGGGAAGGAGGGAGGGGAUCGGCCCCCGGCUGGACUCUGCACCGUAGCAGAGUUGCUGCAACGUGGCGAAAUCUUGCUCUACGCUUCGAGUACCUUUUUUUUUUUUUGGUUCUUAUUUUUCCUUUUAUUUUUUUUUUUUUUCGUUUUUUUCACACUCUUCUUUUGUAUCGUCUAUCACCUUUUUUUUUUUUGGCAGUUGUUGCUUUCUAGGACUCGCGGCCCUUAGGUCUGUCCUGGAGUCCAGCGCUCCCCCUGCUUCAGAGGCCCAUUUUGACGCGUGCUUCAAACCUGCUAGUGGAAAAGUCAUGUUUUCUUGUUUAAGUAGGAGUUGUAGGGAUCCCCCUGCCCGCCUGCUCCCUCCCCAGAGGCAGCGAGCCUGGGCCGGGAGCCGCGCUGGCUUUCCCUGUUUCUGUUAAACAGGAUUUCUUUCGCUAAAGGAAAGGUGAAGUGUAACAAGACUGUAAACCCUAAAUUCCUCCAAGCAGCAGCCUGCCCCAGCUCUCCGAUAGGUGCUGAACACUAACUCACACGCUUCUCUGCUGGUGGGUGAGAGUCCUGCCCACUUAACCGGUUGCAGGAGCUCUUGGUGGAGAGCAGACCCAUCAGCCAUCACCCCAGCCGUCCAUCCCAAGGGGAGGGGCUGCUCCUACAAAACAUCCUCUCCUUAAAGAAUUUUUCCGCCCCCCCCCCCCCCAGUUCUUGAGUUUAUCCAGCACUACGGGCUGCGGCUCUGAAGCACCUGUACCUUCAUUUCUCAUCAAAAUAAACCCCAGAAAAAUGGC